GGCACCUCCUGCAAGGAUGGCCUUUUUUUUUUCUUUUCCCAUGUCACGUCUAGAAUCAGGCAAGCAAGGCACAGAACAUACCGUGACUUAACUAACCCUGACAUGAUCGAAGACCACUCAAAUAGAAGGAAUGGAGGCAUUGCGUUAUCCUUCUCUGAUUUUUGGUUCUCUUUUGACUCUUUUUCUCGAUUUCUAUUUCUAUUUUCGUUUCUUUCUUCUUCCCAAUUUUUUUCCCCUACUUAAUUUUUUUCGUUCCUGUACCUAAUGUAAACUUAAUAGGGCACGGCGGAGCACCAAUGAUAAGAGCCGUCAGCUACUAAGAAUAAAUCCCCGUCUAGUGUCGGGUCCAGAACCCAUUCUUUUCCAAGGCCUUUAUUUCUUGUAAUUCCCCUUUUCUCCUGGCCGGCACUUUUUACCUGUCAAGUCGCUGUUGUUUUUAAUAACCGUAAUUAAUUAUAAGUCUGGGGGGCUGGAGCACGAGUGGAUUUUUUGCAUGAUAGUUCUCUCUUUAAACCUCAUCUUCUCUACAACACCACUGCCACUGCUUGGCCUCCUCGCUCCCAACCACCAGAUGAGUGGCCAGGUACCGUGGUGAUCGUUCUUACCAUGCUCCUUUCAUAAAAUUAAUCCCACCUUUUGUCUCUCUUUUCUGUUUCUUACCGACACUCCUUUACAUGCCCUUUUGUGGCAAGCCAUUCGUUUACAACCUCUGCCAUCGCAAUGAAAUUCCGAUGGCAUACCACUGUCCGAGCGCCGGAAAGCCGAACUAUGCAAAUCAGCAACAUGCGUCCUCGCCGACGGACUCAAAUGCCCAGCCUUCGCCAAUUACUACUGACUGUCAUUGCGGUCCCAUCCGUUGUCGCGUCCGUGAUCCCAUCCGCCGCCGUCUGGACAGAUCUAGAUUCCACCACCGCGCUCGACCUCCCCGUUAGCGGAGAGAUCGUCACCGACGAUCUUCAAGAUGUAUCUCAUUCUCCACUCGAGGAACGUGCGGCAUGGGAACCCGUCCAGCUAGACAGCAGCUCUGAAGAAGACGCAGCAGCGCACCCGCCCAUCCUCCUAUCACCCGAAGAGAACGAGCAGACCAACGACAAUGCACAACCAGCACUAUCCCAAAGAUCGACAAGCAGCAGCAGCAGCAGCGGCGGCGGCGACACGCCGACGCCAUUCGACAGCAAUCUCUCGACGAACUUCACGUCCGAAAGCUGCCCGAAAUUCUUCAAGCAGUUCCUGUCAGACUCCAAAUUCGCCAAAUGCUACGCCAUCUCGAUGCUCCUGCGGGACUCCAGCUCAUUCUUCCAGACGCUCAAAUCCGCGCCGGCCACCUCGCACGUCCUGGACCUGGCCUGCGCCGCCGACAUGGACCAGUGCUCGUCCGUCAUGACCGACCUCGCGUCGCGCAUCACCAAAUCCGACGCCUGCGGCAAGGACUACGAGCUGGGCAACCCGGUCGUGACAAACGCCUACACCGACAUGAUCAUCUACGAGCCCAUGUACCGCGCCUCGUGUCUCAAGAACCCCAGCACAGGCGACUACUGCUUCGUCGACGCCGCCACAAACAGUUCCAACCCCUCCGACUACGACGUCUACUUCAUCCCCUACGGCAGCGCAAUCACCAACGCCCCCUACCCCACCUGCAACGAAUGCGUCCAGGCCUCCAUGGACAUCUUCGGCGAAUGGGCCCAGAAAAGUGGCCAGCCGCUCGCUCGCUCGUAUCUCCCCUCGGCCAGGGGGAUCAACUCCAAGUGCGGGGUGCACUUUACGAAUGCGAAUAUCACGGUUGCAGCAGAUGGGGAGUCCUCGGCGGCUUCGUGGGCGGUGCGUCGUCCCGAUGGGAUUCUAACGGCGUGCGUGGUUGGCGUGAGUAUUGUGGCAAGUCUUUGGGGGUUGAUUUAGUUUCCCCCCCUCCGGUCACUCCUUAUUCGAUCUUUUGAGCUGUAGAAUUGUAUAUUUCCUCGUUCUUCUUCGGCUUCGGACUCGCGUUCAGGUCACGGUUAUGGGUUAUGACAGCGGUUGCUUCUUUCUUUUAUUCCCGCUUGGUUAGAUAUCUCUUUAAUGUUUAUACCUGUAUUUAAUCGGUUUCUUACAAUCCUUACAUAUCAUUUCUUCAGCCUACAUUCUGACAGGUGUGCGCAACUGUAUGACUGGAAGGUGUAAUAUUUAUGUAUCAAUAUCGACACGAAAUCAAACGUAAGACAUCAAAU